UCAAUUGUUUGAGAUUGGGCACAACCCAACCUCAGCUCUGGCUGUACUUAAGUGACCUGCUGGCUGAGCAUGGCAACAAAUAUGUAUAUGCCUCAGCCAACCGUACCCUUUGCCCAGACCUUCAGUUUUGCUACAGACUGUAUCAGAAGGUGAAUAAACAGGAGUUUGGAGAGCAGAGUGGGGAGGGAAUGCUUGUAGCUUUGGAAAGGCAGGUAGAAUCCUACAAUGCAUCAUGUGAUGACACCUGUGCUAAGCUUAGAAUGUCCUCAGCAGGAACACCACUUGUAGCCAUUUGUUCCCCCUUGAUGAAAAGAACACACAGCCUUUCCAAUAGUGGAGAAAUGUGUUUUAUGGAUUCAUCUGGUAACAUGGACCCUGAGAACUGCAGGGUGUUUCUCCUUCUUACACACACCUGUGCAGGUGGUCUUCCUCUUGGUAUAGUUAUAACCCAGUCAGAAGAUGAGAGGACAAUUAGUGAGGAACUGGAGCUGCUGAAGUCCUUACUGAAGAAUGAUUCCUUUGGAGGGCGAGGUGAGGCAGGCCCUUGUGUGUUUCUUACAGAUGACUCAAAGGCAGAAAAGGGAGCUAUAGCCCAGGUCUUUCCUGAAGCCAAACAGCUGCUCUGCAUAUUUCAUCUUCUUCAAGCUGUGUGGAGGUGGUUGUGGAACAAAGAACACAAGGUUGAGAUGAAGGACAGACAAACACUGUUCAGCAUAGUCAAAGACAUGCUUUAUGCCAGGGAGAUGAGUACAGUUGAAUUACUCUAUCAGCAAGCACUUGACAACCCUUUGACCACCAGGUAGGGAAAAUAGUAGAUAGGCAGAGGUAGCUUAAAUAUUUUACAAGUUCUUCUGGUAUGAUUAGCAUCCAAAUGCCUUAAAUUAGUGUUUUUAGAGGGUUUUCCUG